AUGCUGACUAAAGAUCCGACGGGUCCGCAACCCUCGGAUCCGGAUCCACGGGGUCCGGAUCCCGAACUUAGCAAUCAAGAUCCGAACCUAGCGUCACGAGAUCCGAUGCCUGACUGCGUGAAGGUGACGAACCCCGAGAAGAACGAUUUUGUAGACCUGGAUCCCCGGUGGAUCCAUGCUCAUAGAUCCUUUAAGGUGCUAGAGGAGAAGAUCGCGAAAACGCCGAUCUUACGUCACUUUGAUCUGGAUCGGCAAGCUGUGGUAGGUGUAUAUGCCAGUGCGUGGGUGAUCCCCGGUGCAUUGAUGCAAGAGUAUGAUCAGAUCUACCAUCCAGUGAUGUUCGCGAGCCACACGUUGAAGUCCAACGAAUUGAAUUAUGGAAUCGCGGAAAAAGAGGUGUUGACAUUGUUACGGAUCCUGGAUCUCAACUAUAAUAUUUUAGCCAAUCCGAGUUUUGACGCGGCAUUUGACACUGGCCUGGUUAUUCAGAUCCAAUGCACUACAAGGACGCCUGGGACAGUGGGCCGCGCUACUUUACCCUGGAUCCUCGAGAUCGUCAAGUGUAACAAGGGCGAGGACGAGUUCCUGGGUACAUUAGCAGCCAGUAUCACUCCCAGAUCCGAAGUCGACAAAGCGCUAAUCUCGAUCGCCCCGAAGAAGAAGUUGAGAUGCAAGAUCCAAGCCCCGAUCCCGACAGUGAGAUCGGAUGGGGAUCUGUAUGUUGCUAGCUUCGACGGAUUCGCCCGUGUCAAACGAGCCAGAUCCGGCUACGCCGAAGGUCUAACUGUCAAUGAGGCCAAAUAUUACGGCCUCUUGGUAUGUCUUGAUUUGCUGGAAGGAACGGAUCCUCUACGAUUGGUGAUCUGUGGCGACUCAAAUCUGGUGAUCUGUCAGGUUAGAGGCGAAAUCAACUGGAAGGCGCCUGGAUUGACGUUGUUAAGACAAAAGGCGUCGGACAGAUUGCGGAUCCGGCCGGAUCAUGAGUUGGUACAUGUGAAGCGGGAUCGGAAUGAAAGUGCAGAUAGCCUGGCUAGUGAUGCAUUGCAACGACAAUGGAUAUUGGUGGUGAAAUCUGAUGAUCCGGCAGUGCAGAUCUCGGCUGUUACUACUAGACCGAAGGCCAGAUCCGGCGUGAGAUCGGGAUCCCCCCCCAGUACUGCGCGAGGGGGUGAUCAGAGAGCUCGGGAUCGAGCGGAUCCGACAGGCCCAGGACGAGGAGGCUACCUGGCUGGUGAAAUACGCGAUCUGACGCAGGAAGAGGCCAGAUCCUGCGGAUCCAUCGCCAUGAACAAUGAAGUGGAUCAGCAGGAUCUUCUUUCUUUCGCCCCACUACGAAAGAAUCAGCUGCGGAUCGGGACAAACUGA